UUUAUUUUAAACAUAUAAGACUAACGUCAGAUGCCAUGUGGUUUGUCUUUGACCUGUUGUACAUUGUACUGGUUCACGGCAGCUUUACUGAGUUAAACCUGAAUACCCAAUUGGGAAGACAAGACAUUCUUGGAUCUUUCUGAACUCUCUUCAAAGCUUAGGAGCCUUGGAAGGAGAGGCAAGACAUUCUUGAAUCUGUUCUCAACUCUCCUCAAAGUUGAGCGGCCUCGGAAGCAGUCUUAACAACAAAAGCAAAAUGCAAAAAUGCUGCUGCUGCUGUCUUCUCUCAGGUUGUAAACCAUGGCUGUGUGGAUACAAGCCCAGCAGCUCCAGGGAGAUGCCCUUCAUCAAAUGCAAGCAUUAUAUGGCCAGCAUUUUCCCAUCGAGGUGCGGCAUUACUUAUCCCAGUGGAUUGAAAGCCAAGCUUGGGACUCAAUAGAUCUUGAUAAUCCACAGGAGAACAUUAAGGCCACCCAGCUCCUGGAGGGCCUGGUGCAGGAGCUGCAGAAGAAGGCUGAGCACCAAGUGGGGGAAGAUGGGUUUUUACUGAAGAUCAAGCUGGGGCACUAUGCCACACAGCUCCAGAACACGUAUGACCGCUGCCCCAUGGAGCUGGUUCGAUGCAUCCGCCACAUCUUAUACAAUGAACAGAGGCUGGUCCGAGAAGCCAACAAUGGUAGUUCUCCAGCUGGGAGCCUUGCCGAUGCCAUGUCCCAGAAACACCUUCAGAUCAACCAGACGUUUGAGGAGCUGCGACUGGUCACACAGGAUACAGAGAAUGAGCUGAAGAAGCUGCAGCAGACUCAAGAGUAUUUCAUCAUCCAAUAUCAAGAGAGCCUGAGGAUCCAAGCUCAGUUUGCCCAGCUGGCCCAGCUGAACCCCCAGGAGCGGCUGAGCCGGGAGACAGCCCUCCAGCAGAAACAGGUGUCACUGGAAGCCUGGCUGCAGCGUGAGGCCCAGACACUACAGCAGUACCGUGUGGAGCUGGCCGAGAAGCACCAGAAGACCCUGCAGCUGCUGCGGAAGCAGCAGACCAUCAUCCUGGACGACGAGCUGAUCCAAUGGAAGCGGAGGCAGCAGCUGGCCGGGAAUGGAGGGCCCCCCGAGGGCAGCCUGGACGUGCUGCAGUCCUGGUGUGAGAAGCUGGCCGAGAUCAUCUGGCAGAACCGGCAGCAGAUCCGCAGAGCUGAGCACCUGUGCCAGCAGCUUCCCAUCCCAGGCCCCGUGGAGGAGAUGCUGGCUGACGUCAACGCCACCAUCACAGACAUCAUCUCAGCCCUGGUGACCAGUACAUUCAUCAUCGAGAAGCAGCCCCCUCAGGUCCUGAAGACGCAGACCAAGUUUGCAGCCACAGUGCGCCUGCUGGUAGGCGGGAAGCUGAACGUGCACAUGAACCCUCCCCAGGUGAAGGCGACCAUCAUCAGCGAGCAGCAGGCCAAGUCUCUGCUCAAAAACGAGAACACCCGCAAUGACUACAGUGGGGAGAUCUUGAACAACUGCUGUGUGAUGGAAUACCACCAAGCCACAGGCACCCUCAGCGCCCACUUCAGAAACAUGUCCCUGAAACGAAUUAAGAGAUCUGACCGUCGAGGAGCAGAGUCAGUGACAGAAGAAAAAUUUACAAUCCUAUUUGAAUCACAGUUCAGUGUUGGUGGAAAUGAGCUGGUUUUUCAGGUCAAGACCCUGUCCCUCCCGGUGGUGGUGAUUGUUCAUGGCAGCCAGGACAACAAUGCAACGGCCACCGUUCUCUGGGACAACGCUUUUGCAGAGCCUGGCAGGGUGCCAUUUGCCGUGCCGGACAAAGUGCUCUGGCCGCAGCUGUGUGAAGCACUCAACAUGAAGUUCAAGGCAGAAGUGCAGAGCAACCGGGGCCUGACCAAGGAGAACCUCGUGUUCCUGGCGCAGAAGCUGUUCAACAGCGGCAACAGCCACCUGGAGGACUACAGCAGCAUGUCUGUGUCUUGGUCCCAGUUCAACAGGGAGAAUUUACCAGGACGGAAUUACACUUUCUGGCAGUGGUUUGACGGUGUGAUGGAAGUGUUAAAAAAACAUCUCAAGCCUCACUGGAAUGAUGGGGCCAUUUUAGGUUUUGUGAACAAGCAACAGGCCCACGACCUACUCAUUAACAAGCCAGAUGGGACCUUCCUGCUGAGAUUCAGCGACUCUGAAAUCGGCGGCAUCACCAUCGCUUGGAAGUUUGACUCUCAGGAAAGAAUGUUUUGGAACCUGAUGCCUUUUACUACCAGAGACUUCUCUAUCCGGUCCCUGGCCGACCGCUUGGGGGACCUGAAUUACCUUAUCUACGUGUUUCCUGACCGGCCCAAAGAUGAAGUGUACUCCAAAUAUUACACACCAGUUCCGUGCGAGCCUGCCACUGCUAAAGCCGCCGAUGGAUACGUGAAGCCACAGAUCAAGCAGGUGGUCCCUGAGUUUGUGAAUGCUUCUGCAGACUCUGCUGGGGGCGGCGCCACGUACAUGGACCAGGCCCCAUCCCCAGCUGUGUGCGCCCAGGCUCACUAUAACAUGUAUCCACAGAACCCUGACUCCGUCCUUGACACAGAUGGGGAUUUCGACCUGGAUGACACCAUGGACGUUGCGCGGCGUGUGGAGGAGCUCUUGGGCCGACCAAUGGACAGUCAGUGGAUCCCCCAUGCGCAGUCAUGACCCCGUCUCUUCUUCAGCUUCUCCAUCCUCACCAGAGGAACUACUGUUGUGGAUGUUUUAAUUCCAUGAAUCGCUUCUCUUUGGAAACAAUACUCAUAAUGUGAAGUGUUAAUACUAGUUGUGACUUUAGCGUUUCUGUGCAUGGUGGCACCCAUGAAGGGAGUAUGAGAGUGUGUGUGAGUGUGUGUGUGUGUGUAAGUUUGCAUGUGGUGGUGUUUCUCCCCCUUGCUGUCCAGAGUUUAGCUGCAGCACUGGGGCCACAAACAGAGGCUGUGCUUGUUUCUACCUUGUGCAAAAAGGCAGGCAGUUCCAUGAACCCUGGAACUUGGACAUGUGUCUUGAGGGUGGCUGAACUUUGAGAUUUGGCUGGUCCAGUAAGAGAAGGACACAGGGAGGGGAAAGCAGGACCUCUCCAUGAGAAUUCAUCACUGUGUCUGCCAAGCAAUUGAUAUGUAACCAUGGUUGGCUGUGCUUUUCCCCUGAAAUUUACAUAACUGCCUUUUGACAAAGAAAGCCCAUCCUCCCUCCCUCUCUCUGCCCUCAUCCCCAUCCCUACCCAGGAAAGGGGUAACACACAAAGGUUGUUGAGGCAAGGGAAGAAGUGGCAAGUCUUCUGAUGGGUGGUGGCUUUUUAGAUGACACUUAAUACAUCUUUGUCUUUCCCUCUUUGUCCUUCCUUCCCUCCCUUCCUCUUUCUCUCCUCUCUGUCCCUUCCCCUCAGUCUAUUGGUGGAAUUACCACACAGUUCCUAUACCUGUACACAUGUGCAGGCAUGUUUGAUGAAACAGAGGAAGGAAAAGAGGGUCACAUAAUUGAGAGCUUAGAAUGUUGCUGUCCUUUGCAUUUUGGCCUGAAGUGACAUGCCAGCCCUGCUGCCAGGCGCAAAGAACAGAGCCUUGUUACCCAGGAAGCUGCCGUUCUGCCUGCCCACCCUUCCCCAGUGCUGACGGAGGCACAUUCUGAGGUUUUCUUCCGGCUUAUUGAUAAUGGAGUGUUGCAGAUGUUGAAUAGUGUUUUUGUUUCUCAGUCAGGUCUUUUUUGUUCCCCCUUUCCACCCCAGUAUAUCAAAACGCUCUCUCCCUAUGUCGGGUCCUGUGCCAUGCAUACCCAGGUCACUUCAUUUCCCGUUGGUGUUCACAUACAAGGUCUUGAGUGGGUAGCAGGAGUGUGGUCUGAGCCUAGGCCAGCUUUUUCAGGUGUCGUUACCCAUCUCUUCCAGGGUGCUGUGUGUCAGGCCUUGGUUGUUUGGGGAAAUGCAGUCUUCACGCUUGCUGGGAAGUUUGAUAAACUGCCGAAACAAAACCAAACAAAGCCUCAGCAUAAUUUUGUCCCACACUUUCUCCUGUACAUGAGUAGGAAGGAAUGGGCUCAGGCAUAGCUAUGGCAGGUGAGUGGGAAGAGGGGGUAAGCAGAUAGCUUACACGUAAGGCCUUAUAGGGUAAUCCCCAGCCCCCCUCCAAAAGAAGGGCAUGACCACACCCAGGAGAGUAGGACCCUAAAAAUCUUAUUUUUAUACAUGUGACUAAAUAAACAAAUAUUUUUUUUACGAAAAUAACUUCUGAAUUUAUCAGUGUUUUGAUGUUAAAGGAAAAUAUUCCUCUGUCGUAGAUUAUUUAUGAAGAUGACUUUUCCAAAGCUGCUGCUUGCCUUGGCUUGGUUUCAUACACUGAUCUAUUUUUCUAUGCCAGGCAGGAGAAUCUCUGCUGGAUACCAGCAUUGAUGUAGGAUGCUGCUGAGCCCCUGCCCAACACCUCAAGACUUGGUUCAAAUCCCAGCCAUGGGGAUGGGGGUGUUGGGAAAAGGUGAACAGGAACACCUGACCGCUCCAGGUGCCAGCCUGAAAGGGCCCUUACCUGUCCCCUUCACUCAGGCUUCGUCACCACCUGCCUCUGAGGGAUAGCCCUCUGUGUUCCAGCAACCCUGGUGUGGGGGAAGGGAGGCAUGAGUUGACACACUUUCAGAUUUGUGGCGAAGUCAGCCCCAGGGAAGACUGAGGGUGCAGCAGCCUGGGAGUCCUGGGUGGCUCUGAGCUCACUCUAGUAUUUGCAGUUGGCAUUGGGGUUUGGGGGGAAGGCUGUAGAAGAGAAUGGGAGUCCAUGCUUGUAUGGUUGCUGAGCUGUCCUCAGUUUUCCUGAGGCUGUGCCUAAAGAUGGAAGAGAUUGUGGCCGGAAGGUGCGCUCGCUCUUUGCAUUCUCUUUUCUUUCUCCUCCCUGUUCCUGCAAACCACAGGAAGAGGCAAUGGCAAGUCUCCGCCACCUCAGCCUCUUGCCCGCUCCCAAACACACACACAAGUCAUAAAAAUGUUUCAACUCUCUGUGUGGAACGUGUAGGCUUUUGUAGGGGGCAGGGGGAGACUAAAAGUGAAUAUAACUUAAAAUGAAAGUAUACUUUUUAUAAUUUUUCUUUUUAAAACUUCAUGAAAUGACUUCAGACACAUAUUUUAGUGUUGAGGCAGAUUAGUAUUUAGCCACCAAACAAGUAUUGUGUACAAUUUGGGGCAGUCACAAGAUUGUGUAUUUUAUGUUACAAUAAAGCUUACCUCUGAAAGGACAAUAUUGAGUCUUGUUUUUAUU